AUGGAUUGCAUUCGUCGCCGACCCGCUCGCACGACAUUCGGGUCACGUAUACGCUCGUUCAUCGAUAUCGCGCCGGCCCGAACGCCCCGAAUGCCCGGUAUCACACCUCGACUCCACGGCCUUGACCACGGCGACCGACCGCCCAUACCCAAGAUCCCGUCGCGCAUCGAGCUCGCCGUCGAUUCCGAACGCGGUGCCGUGGGUGCGCGAACAGGAAAGGAACCAGAGUUCCACACGUCCGGCCCCAACACCGCCGGCCGAACCCGUGCUCUAGAUCCGAUCACAUACACGGCGGCCAGGUGUGUGGCUUCGCCGAAUCAGCACGAGAUGGGACAACAGCCCAGGGCCGUCAACUCAGCCGUGAGGCCGAGCCAGGUGCCUUCGAGUGGCCUCUGGGGACGGAGGGGGACCGUCAGCGGCCUAGGCGAGAGCAAACUAGCAGCAGGAGCAAGUGGUCGGGAGGCAGGACCAGCGAUGGAUGGAGAGCUCGCGCGAGCCGCACAUCCUCUACUGGGAGGAGCAGUCAUCAUCGACGUUCAUGUGUAG